AAAAAAAAAAAUAAAUAUUUCCUUCCUUCAUAAUAGCAAAAACUCUCUAAUUUUUAGUUAUACCUUCAAAAUACAUAAUGACAGCUGACGAUGCUUUAAACCUAUCAGCCUCUCCCUCAUCUACUUAUAAAACAAAUGAGCAUCCAAUUAGUCCUGCGGAUGCACCUUCAAGGCCUUCAUCGCAAGAGGAACAUUUUUCUUUCAAUGAUUCUGGCAAUGAAGCUCAAGGAAUAUACAGUGACGAAAAUGGAGGCUGUAGUGUUGUUACUCCCGCCGGUUCCCCCUAUAGAAUUAAAACACCGAAAAAUGUACAAUCUUAUAGCCCUCCCCAUAACUUUUAUCCUGAUCACACAUUUGUAGGGUGUUCUUCAAUAACUGACUAUGAGAUAAAGGAUAAACUUGGUGAGGGAACAUUUGGUGAGGUACACAAAGGCAUUCAUAAAAAGACAAAGAACGUUGUUGCUCUGAAAAGGAUCUUGAUGCAUAAUGAAAAAGAAGGCAUUCCAAUUACUGCGAUUAGAGAGAUCAAGAUCCUCCGGCAACUUAGUAACCCAAAUGUGGUCACAUUGAGUGAUAUGGCAUUUGAAUAUGGUGAUAAGGAAGAUCAACCUUCAAUAUAUAUGGUUUUUCCUUAUAUGGAUCACGAUCUAGCUGGGCUCCUAGAAAAUAAAGAUGUCCAAUUCGCUGCUCCACAAAUCAAAUGUUAUCUAAGGCAAUUAUUAGAAGGGACCUUUUAUCUGCAUCAACAACGAAUAUUACAUCGUGAUCUGAAAGCUGCCAAUUUGUUAAUUGAUAAUAACGGCAUUCUUAAGAUUGCAGACUUUGGCCUUUCCCGUCCGAUAAUAAACGAUAAAUCAUUAACAGGUUGCGUGGUAACGCGGUGGUAUAGAUCACCAGAACUAUUACUCGGUGCAAAACGAUAUACACCCGCGAUUGAUAUGUGGGCAAUUGGUUGCGUUUUUGGCGAGAUGUUAAAAAGACAACCAAUACUGAUGGGUAAUUCUGAUAUUCAUCAGUUAGAAAUUAUCUAUAAAUUGUGCGGGACACCAACAACUGAUACCUUUAAAGACUUGGGAAUAUCAGAUCUGCAAGUCGAGCCUGAAAAAGAAUCUCCACGAAAAGUAAUAGCUGAAUACGAAAGAUAUGGUGAACAAGCAGCUGAUUUAAUGGAUAAAUUACUUGUACUUGAUCCAAGACAACGGCUAAAUGCAUUUCAAGCAUUGGACCAUGAUUAUCUCUGGACAGAUCCUUUACCUGCAGAACCUAAAGACUUACCACAAUAUGAGUCAAGUCAUGAGUACAAUCGGCGUAAUAAACCAAAAGAGAAGAAAGAACAUAAUAAAAUAGAGGAAACGUCUUCAAAAAUCACGUCGACAGAAAAACGUCAAGGGUAUGAUCGAAGAGAACAACGUAAAAAGUCAAAGAGAGCACGAAGUCCAGAAAGACAGCGUGACCAUGAGCCUAAUAAAAAACGUAAUCGUAUUUAUAUUGCUAAUCAAGAACAUUCAAAAAAUAGGCGAGGGUUAGCUGACGAACGGAAAGAUAUUCCUGAAAAUUCGAAACGCAUGCGUAAGGAAAAAAGACGUGGUUCAGAUGGUGAUGAACAGGAAGACAAUUCUGAUCAGCCUAAAAAACGUUCAAAAAAAGAAUACAGACAUCAUUCACUCCCAGAGAAACCGGGUACUUCAAGGGCGACAGACUCAGAUAAAGCAGAUAAAGUAGAUAAAGCAGAUAAAAAAUGAGAUUUUCAAUUUUUUUAUAUAGAUCGCAUUGUAGGAACUUGGGUUUUUUUUGUUGUAAUUUCGACUUAUAAACUUUUAUAAACUUUUUACAUAUUUAUAAUAUUACAUACUUAUUUGCAAAGCAAUAUAAGUCUCGGAGAAUAUUUAUAUUAAGAACAUCAUUGAUAGAUUCAAUGAAUAAGCACGAUAGUUAUAUUAAUAAGAAAAAAGAUCAACAAAGAUAUGAAAAGAUAUGAAUUAAUAGUAUUAUUAUUAACUAGUAUUUACCUUGCUGCGGUGAGCUAUAACAAUAUUAACCAAUGAAAUUUAAUGUAUAAUUGAUAAUUUAUCUG